UGCGUGUCGGAGAGCUGUCAUAAAUAGCACACCACUUUACUUUCCUCUUUCCUCUCUCUCUCUCUAGGGAUUCGUAGCGUCGCAGUUCUAUCAAACCCUCGCACUCAAAAUGGUCUGAUUAUCCGCUGAAUUUCGCCGCCGUCAACUCAUCUUCCUCCGCCGUCAGCCUCCGAUCCACUUAUUUGCUGAUCUGAGUGUCCAUAUAAGGUGAGUAGCAGUUUUCCGUUUGUCCGGCACUUAUCUGCCAUGGAGGAUUCCCAGUCAGUUGUGACGCUCAUGGAUUCCACUACCUCUAAGAUACAGCAGCUGCAGAAAGCAUUUGCUGAGCUUGAGAGUCAUCGUGCAGUUACUCUUAACAUGAAAUGGAAGCAACUUGAAGAGCAUUUUCAUGGGCUUGAAAAGUCUUUGAAGAGGCGUUUCACUGAAUUGGAAGACCAAGAAAAGGAGUUUGAAUCCAAAAUUGUAAAAGCCAAAGAGACAUUGGAGAAUCGUGAAGCAGCUGUUGUGGCUAAAGAGCAAGCUUCUCUUGUAAGGCUCCAAGAGAAAAGAGAUGCUGCAGUUUCUGCUAUCUCCAUUGCUCUGGAUAAACAUCGAAACCCAUUUUCUGCAGGGCCUACUGUUAAUUUUGAAGACCAAGUUGACUCAUGUGUUGUGGAAGAGAAGUCUCUUGAUGCCACGACCACAGUGCUUAACGUAGGGGAUUAUGGGAAACUUUAUGAGACUGGAAAUGUGGAGGUCAAGUCUUAUCCUGAGCUUGUUAAGCUAUGCAAAGAGAUGGAUUCAGAUGGCCUACACAAAUUUAUAUCAGACAACCGUAAGAACCUUGCUGCUAUAAGGGAGGAGAUUCCACUUGCUUUAACAGCAGCAGCUGAUCCUGCCUCUCUGAUUUUGGAUUCACUAAAGGGUUUCUACAAUUUAGAAAUGUCAAAUUUGGAAGCUAAAAAAGAUGCAAACCUUCUAGGAAUUCGUCGAACAUGUAUAAUGCUGAUGGAGUGCCUUAACAUGUUAUUGACUAAUGUGAAAAUGGGGUCUGUUCUUAGUUCCAUCCUAGAAAAUGUGAAGGGCCGAGCAAAAGCUAUAGCUGAAGAGUGGAAACCAAAGUUAGAUGAACUUGAUGCUGAUGCAAAUCAUGGGAACUCCUUGGAGGCUCAUGCGUUCUUACAGCUUGUUGAUACUUUUGGUAUUAACUCAGAUUUUGACCAGGAGGGUUUAAUCAAAUUGAUACCUAUGGUUUCUCGUCGACGUCAAACAGCUGAUUUAUGCCGUUCCCUUGGAUUGUCUGAUAAAAUGCCAGGUGUUAUUAAUGUGUUGGUUAAUAAUGGAAGGCAUAUAGAUGCUGUUAAUCUGGCUUUUGCCUUUGAGCUGACAGAGCAGUUUCCACCUGUUUCUCUACUGAAAUCUUAUUUGAAUGAGGCAAGCAAGGCUUCUCCUAGCAAAUCUGGAAAUACAUCCAAUUCACAGAAUGAUAUUAUAAAUGAGAAGGAGCUUAAUGCACUGAAGGCUGUUAUUAAAUGCAUUGAGGACCAUAAGCUUGAUGAGCAGUAUCCCGUGGAUCCACUCCAAAAACGAGUUCACCACCUGGAGAAAGCAAAGGCAGACAGUAAAAGAGGAACAGAAGUCGCAAAACCACAACCCAAAAGACCCCGUGCUAAUGGUUUUGUAAAUGGGCCCCGAGCCACUAACAUUGCCACUGACAAGAACAUGAACAUCUACCCCAGAAUGACUGACAGAUACCCGCAAUAUGUGUAUGACAGACCCCCAUACGCUUACACUGGACCAACUGACACCCACGCUCCAUCAUUUCUGGGUACUCCAGCUUACGGUCUUCCUGGGCAUGGCAACUUCUUUGGAAAUGGCUACCAUUACCAGGCUGCUUACCUGCACUAA